CGGCCGAGGCUAUAAAAGGGCGGGCGGGCGCGCGCGGCGCGCAGUGCGGGCGCCACGUGGAGCGGACGCGGGACGCGCGGCACCGCCAUGGCCUCCAACGAUUACAGCCAGACGGCGACACAAAGUUACGGCGCCUACCCCGCGCCCCCCAGCCAGAGCUACUCGCAGGGAGGGGGGCAGAGCUACUCCCAGCAGAGCUACGGGGGCUACGGCCAGAGCUCGGACACGGGCUACGGCCAGGGCGGGUACAGCUCCUCCUACGGCCAGAGCCAGAGCGGUUACUCAGCCCCGGCGGCUCCUCCCUCCUACGGCUCCGGCGGCUUCGGCUCCGGGCAGAGCUCCCAGGGCAGCUACGGCCAGAGCUCCUCCUACCCCGGCUACUCCCAGCCCCCCGCCGCCGCCUCCGCCUCCAGCAGGUGAUUAAUUAGCUAAUUAA